CCAAUGAGGGUUCUACAUGGAACCCAAAAGAGUUGUACCUGGAACCAAAAAGGGUUUUACCUGGAACCAAAAAUGAUUAUCCUAUGGGGGACAGCCACAGAACCUUUUUGGAACCCUUUUCUUCUAGGAGUGUACUGUAUAUAGGGGAAAGGGGUUCAUUUCAGAUCUAAUUAUGUUAAUAAGGGAGGGAACCUGAUCCAUCCAUACCUACCUGUCCUCCUUUUCCCUACACUACACUACAAUCCCAAAGCACUUCUCCUUUUCCACUCUACUGCUUUCCUCCUCUCCCCCUCUUCUUACUGACACCUCAACCCCCCGCCCCCUUGACUAUUUUUGACCGACACGCUCAUUCAGACAGCUGGACUCAGAGUACAAAUCAAAACAACCAGGGCACACACACACACAAACACAUACACAUACAUCAAGAGACACGGUCAGGACAGAAGCUCUGACACACAAGCGCGCAGCACAGCAAGGAGUUGCUGGGUACAACAGGACAAACGUGACUGGGCCAGAACCCAGGCUGAGAACACAGACGGACAAUACACACAUACACAGUUUUGCAGAAGAUAACACACACCCGUUAGAGCAGUGGAGAUGACUGACACGUCUGCAGCUGAAGAGGAGAAGGACCCUGAUAUUGAACUUUUUGUCAAGGCAGGGAGUGAUGGGGAGAGUAUAGGUAACUGUCCGUUCUCUCAGCGUCUCUUCAUGAUCCUCUGGCUAAAAGGAGUCGUCUUCAACGUCACUACAGUCGACCUGAAGAGAAAGCCGGCUGACCUCCAUAACCUUGCUCCAGGCACACACCCACCCUUCCUGACGUUCGAAGGAGAGGUGAAGACGGACAUCAAUAAGAUAGAAGAAUACUUAGAGGAUAUGCUGGCUCCACCCAGGUACCCUAAACUGUCAGCUAAGAACCGGGAGUCUAAUACGGCAGGAAACGACAUCUUCGCCAAGUUUUCAGCCUACAUCAAAAACAUCAGGCCAGAGAACAACGCAGUUCUAGAGAAAAGUCUCAACAAGGCAUUAGCCAAGCUGGAUGAGUUCCUUCUGUCCCCGCUGCCAGAGGAGCUGCAGGAUGGCAGAGAUGUGGCAGAAGGGGGGUCUAUACGGAAGUAUCUAGACGGAGACACAUUAACACUGGCCGACUGCAACUUGCUGCCCAAAUUACAUGUCGUCAAGGUGGUCGCUAAGAGAUACCGUAACUAUGAGAUCCCUGCAGAGCUGCGGGGUGUAUGGCGUUACAUUCAAAAUGCCUACAGGCGAGAUGAGUUUACCAACACCUGUGCAGCUGAUGCAGAGAUAGAACUAGCCUAUCAGGACGUGGCCAAGAGGCUGUCCAAGUGAUAAUGCCUGGAAUCCUUACUCUGUGUAGCUUUUCAAAAUGAAUCAAAUCAGGUUUCAUUAAAUCCAAUAAAAUAAACCAGACUCAGUCAUAUAAAACCUAUUUUAGUAUAUCCUGCUUUCUUUCACACUUCUGGACUUUUAGACUUUUACUCAAAUAAUAGUUUUUUUAUAUAGUUCCAGCUGUCCCACAAAAAUACAUUGUCAGAGCAAGGGUGGCGCAGCAAGAUGAUCAAGAUGUUAAUAUUGCAAGAUUAACUUAAUUCAAGAUAUAUGAUCUUCGAUCUUUAUAAUAUGUUAAUAUUUGAACAGUUUUAGUACAGUAAAUUGGAGCAAAGAGCAGUAACCGAGGAUGAAGAGAAAGUGCUAUUUGAAUGGAAGAACCACAGUAGAUUUCAAUGAAUGGUUGGUUAGUAGAUGAAUGAAUGAUAGGGCAUGUGAUUGUGAAGUGAAAGUGCUUUCCCAGACUGCACCAUCCUGUGGUCACAGAGUUGUUGUGUGAAUUGUAAAACCAGGAAUUGACAACAAAGUUUUCUUAUAACUAUACUGAUUUGAUCAUAAGUUAACUAAUGUUAAUGAGUGUUAUUGCUCUAAUUUAAAUAAUAAAUCUAUUUUCUCAUAAAUUA